AAGCACCUCCAAACCUGCCUCCUGGAGUGCCACCCUUGCUGCCCAACCCUUACAUUAUGGCUCCCGGCCUGCUUCACCCAUACCCACCCCAAGUGUAUGGCUACGAUGACCUACAGAUGCUGCAGACCAGGAUACCACUGGACUAUUACAGCAUCCCAUUUGCCACUCCAACCACAGCACUGACUGGCAGGGAUGGCAGUUUGACAAGCAACCCAUAUUCUGCUGGUGACCUGUCCAAGUUUGGCCGUGGCGACGCCUCGUCUCCUGCACCCACCACAACGCUGGCCCAGCCACAGCAGACCCAGACACAACCGCACCAUACCACCCAGCAGCCCUUCCUCAACCCAACCCUUCCACCAGGAUACAGCUACACCAGCCUGCCCUAUUAUACUGGUGUGCCCGGUCUGCCCAACACCUUCCAGUACGGCCCUGCCAUGUUUCCGGUAAGGUUUCUUAAGGCAUCUUUUACAUGGCCAAGUUAAAGCUUCUCUGUGCCUUCUCAUAAUUCAGUGUAAAGGGA